CAAUUUUAAUUCCCAGUGAGCCCAUUAAACCCACCCCCUUAAAAAAAAAAAGCAAAGGGGUCUCGGUAAGCAUGGUAGCUAUUCUCAAAUCAUCGUCUAGAGUUUUCAUCAGAACCCUCCUAAAUUCCAAUAGCUUCAGUCCUGUACGGACAGCCUUUGCCUCAACUCUACGCUUCCAAAUCCGAGCAAUGGCGGACUCUGCCUCCUCCCCCUUCAAGAAGGUUCAGAUUCAGAGGGAUGAUACUGCAUUUGAUGCAUACGUGGUGGGAAAAGAAGAUGCUCCUGGGAUAGUUGUGCUUCAAGAGUGGUGGGGUGUGGAUUAUGAGAUCAAGAACCAUGCCUUGAAAAUUUCUCAACUGGGUCCUGGUUUUAAAGCACUCAUCCCGGACCUGUAUCGAGGAAAAGUUGGCUUGGAUGUUGCAGAAGCGCAACACUUAAUGGAUGGUCUGGACUGGCCAGGAGCUGUAAAGGAUAUCCGAGCUUCAGUUAACUGGCUCAAGGCUAAUGGUUCGCAGAAGGUUGGUGUGACAGGGUAUUGCAUGGGGGGUGCUCUUUCUAUUGCAAGUUCUGUUUUGAGUCCCGAGGUUGAUGCAGUUGUUGCAUUCUAUGGAGUUCCUUCAUCAGAGCUCGCGGAUCCUGCCCAAGCAAAGGCACCUGUGCAGGCUCACUUUGGGGAGCUCGAUAAUUUUGUUGGCUUUUCAGAUGUGACGGCUGCUAAAUUGUUGGAGGAAAAGCUGAAAGCAUCAGGAAUUCCAUAUGAGGUGCACAUUUAUCCUGGCAUUGGGCAUGCUUUCAUGAACAGAUCUCCAGAGGGCGUGAAAAGGAGGAAGGGUAUGGGAAUCACUGAUGAAGAUGAAGAUGCAGUCCAGCUUGCAUGGUCUCGCUUCAGUUCGUGGAUGACUCGCUACUUGUAUUCCUAAGGAACUCGGUAUUUCUAUAUUUCCAUCUCUUGCUCUUCCUUAACUAUAAUGGCCUGGUAUUUCCCCUGGGCUCAUAGUAGAGUGUGGAGUUGUGCGUUCUGUUGCUACUGCUAGGGUGUGUUGGGACAACUUCUGCAGAUUGCUAUUUAUCAAUCUUUCUCUUGUUGUAGAUUAUUAUUGUUAUGAAGUAUUUGGCUUAUCUUUCUCUUGUACAAAUGUAUGUUGUUUCCUUGGGGGUCUGCAGCCUGCGCCCUAUAUGUAUUGGACUGCUAAUUACAACCCACUGCCUGGAUCUCUCCUAGCUUUUGGUGAAAAUAACAGUUACUAUAUAUACUUGGUGCGGUACAUGGUAGGUGGGGAAUAAUCCAUUUCCUUUUCAUUCUGCAAA